AUGGUGGUCACUUCCAAUUUAUUCGUGAAGCAGAAAGGCACCACAACGGCUUUGAAGCAGCCUAAAGAGUUGACUUUUUACUCAAGAACGGAUGAUGAUAACUUUUUAGUGGAAGACGAUGUUCAUUUACAGUACUACUAUUUACCAGAUGCUGAUUUGGAGAAAAGAUUAGACCUCAGUAGUGGCAUUAAAAAAUUGAAGGAUACUGCCAGUAAUUUCAAGGAUCAAGGUACUUUAUUUGGACUUUUACAAAGUAUUCAGAAUUAUGAACAACGUAAGAAUAAAAAAAUUAAAGCUGAUAUCGUUACCUUCCGUGGUAUUAUGAGGAAACUUAUAAGUGCUGCAUUCGAUACUUCAAAUUUUAAUCCAAUAGAUCUCCGUAUUGUCAGUUUUGAUGGUCAAUUGUUCAUUAAAGAAGUUCCAAAGCAAGAAGCAAAACCUGCUCCUGGCUCACCUGCUCAAUUAGCCUGGUAUAGUGGUUAUAAGUUUGAGACGUUGGCUACGCUACCACAACCUUUGCCGUUAGUUUCGAGAACUACCUUGGACAAGAGACCAAAAAAAUUGGUCAACACUGGUGAAGAAUAUAUUACAGUGGUGAAAACUGGUGUCGGUAACGUUAAAGUAAUAUUGGGAGCGGAAGUUGAUUGCAUAUUUGACUUUAAGGAAGAAGGUAAGGAUAAUCUGAAACAUUACGCAGAGUUAAAAUGUUCUGCAGAUGUUAGCACCCCGGCGGAUGCUCGUAAGUUCGAACGCAAAGUGUUUAGAACCUGGCUGCAGUGUUUCCUUGUUGGAAUACCUAGGAUUAUCUAUGGAUUUAGGGAUAAUAAUAACGUACUCAAAACUGUUGAGGAGUACACUACGACGGAAGUACCAGUUUUAUUGAAAAGCAAUAAUCCAGCUAUGAAUUCUUCAUGUCUUGAUGCAAUUAAGUGGUAUGGCACCCUAACGGAAUGGUUACUGAAGAUGAUACCAAGAGAUGGUGAUACAAUUAGAGCAUAUCGUCUAGUUUAUGAGAACAACCAUCUCCGGUUGACAGAAAUAGAAGACACUGAAUCAGAGUACCAGGGUCUCGUAGAGGGAGAAGAGAUUCUGAGUGAUGAAUUCAAAAAAUGGAGAAAAUCUAUGAACGAAAGAAAUUUGUAG